UCAGAUCAUUUAGGGACAGACAAGAAGCAGAACGCUUGUUGUUGCCUCUGGUCCGGAGAGCAACACGUUGUGUUUACUGAGUGUACCCUAUGUGUUGUAAGUUAGUUAGGCUAGUCGAGUUCCAGUGGACAGACGAGUCAUUCGGAGGCGUUCUGCAGGAGCGCCGCGCUGAGUGCAGGCGUGGUGUCGCCUUGCCCGCGCGCUCGGCUAGACUCUAGACGCGAGGAGGCGGUAGGUGUGUGUGUGCGCGCGUGUAGAGGAGGUGACUAGUAUGGCGGAAGCAGGCUAUGAACAGCAGCGUAAGAAGCUGACCGGCGAGCGAGAGAACAUCCAGAAGAAGACGUUCACGAAAUGGAUCAACUCGUUCCUGAAAGGGUCGAAUGUCCACGUGCACGACCUGUUCUCUGACCUGAGCGAUGGCCGUAUUCUCAUUCGCUUCCUGGAGAUCAUCUCCAGCGAGAAGCUGGGUCCAGUUGCACGCGGACGUCUACGAAUUCACAAGCUGGAGAAUGUCAACAGGGCGUUGGAUUUUCUCAAAAGCAAGAAGGUCAAGCUGGAGAGUAUCGGUGCGGAGGACAUUGUUGACGGCAAUGCACGUCUCACGCUCGGUCUCAUGUGGACCAUGAUCCUGCGCUUUGAUAUUCAGGACGUCUACUUGGAGGAUGAAUCACCAGAUCGGCGCUCCGCCAAGGAAGGUUUGCUUGUGUGGUGCCAGCGCAUGACGCAAGGGUACCCGGGUGUGCGUGUCGACAAUUUUACCACCAGCUGGCGAGAUGGCCUGGCCUUCAAUGCGAUCAUCCACCGACACAGACCCGAUCUUUUUGAGUUCAAUGAUCUGAAGUCAUCUCAGGCCGACAAGAAUCUUCGCAAUGCGUUUGACGUUGCAUCCAAUGAACUUGGAAUUGCACGCCUUCUUGAUCCGGAAGAUGUCAACAUCAUUCGUCCGGACGACAAAUCAAUCAUGACACAGCUGGUCGCCUACUACAAGUACUUCACUCGCAUGAAGAGCGAGGAGACCAGUCAGAAACGUAUCAUCAAGAUGGUGGGUAUGAUUCAAGAAGGUGAAGACUUGGAGCGGGACUUUGAUGUCAUGAUGGAUGACCUGAUGGCGUGGAUGAAAGCCAAGAUUGCUGAGUUGACACAGCGCAAUCUGCCCAAUACACUGGAAGGCAUUCAGCAGCUGAUGACUGCUUUCACACGGUAUCGCACCGAGGAGAAACCUCCAAAGUACGUGGAGCGCAGCAACAUUGAGCUGCAGCUGUUUGAUGUUCAGUCGCAACGUCGUGCUACCAAGCGUAAGAUGUUCAUGCCGCCGGAAGGCCGCAUGAUGCUCGAUCUGAACAGUGUGUGGGCAAAGCUGGAGCAGGUGGAGCACGAACGUGAGAUGGUGCUGCGUGACGAGCUCAUGCGCCAGGAGAAACUGGAGCAGCUCGCCGCCAAGUUUGUCCGAAAGGUGACGCUACGUCAAGGCUGGCUUCACGACAUGGAGCAGGUGCUGGAGGACAUGGGCCGCAAGGUGGAGAUGAGCAGCGUGGAUGCCUCGCUGAAGCGCUAUGAAGCCAUCAGUGCUGGCAUCAUGGCCGGGGAGGGUCGCAUUAUCACACUCAUGGACAUGGCGGAGGAGCUGGUGUCGGAACGCUAUCACGACUCCAGCACUAUCCAACAAUGUGCUGGCAAUGUGAAGCGUGAGUGGGAGCGUCUCAAGGUCCACCUUGACGCCCUACAGAGUGCCCUGGCAGACACCAGAGAGCUGACCAUGAUCUUCAAGGAGAUGGAUGAGCUGAUGAAGGAAAUGGUGCUGCUGGAGGCUACGUUCAAAGGUGACGACCUGGGCAAGCACUUAACCGGCGUCACAGACCUGCUGGAGAAACACGGCAUUGCCGAGUCUGGCGUUUCGCUACACGCCGAACGCUGCAAGCAGCUGAUCGCGCAGAGCCAGAAGUUCGUCGACACGGAAGACGAGAAGGACGUGGCCACCAUCAACAUUCUGCAGAAGCAGCAGGCGCUGCAGGCGGCCUGCGACUCUCUCCUCUCGUCCUCAUCCACCCGCCGGGCCCGCCUGGAGGCUUCGCACUCGCUGCAGCAGUUCCUGUCCAGCGUACAGGAGGAAGAGGUGUGGAUGAAAGAAGCGGAGCAGCUGGCCACAAUGGCCGACACAGGGCAUGAUCUGAACAGCACACGACACUUGCUUGCUAAGCAUAAGACUCUGGAGGCUGAGACAGCCGGUCAUGAGUCCAGAGUCCACUCUCUGGCCUCCACUGCCAAGCAGCUGUGCAACGACGGGCACUAUGCCAACAAGACGAUCACGCAGCGCAGUCAGCAGCUGCAGGACAAGUGGCAGCGCUUGAAGCAGCUGUCGGCCGCGCGACGUCAGCGUCUAGAGGAGGCCGUCCAGGCUCAGCAGUAUUAUGCUGAUAGCAACGAGGCAGAGUACUGGAUGAAGGAGAAGGAGCAACUAGCCAGCAGUGACGACUAUGGCCAUGAUGAAAUUAGCGUACAGUCUCUGCUGCAUGGACACGAGCGUCUGGAGGAAGCUGUCAAAGUGUAUGCAACCGAGAUCACCCGACUCAAGGAGCACAGUCGCAAGCUUGUCAGCAAUUUGGUUGCGUCAGAGGUUGAUGGUCCUGGCCAGUCUCUUCUCCAGUCUCCCAGUGCUGAAGGCCCUGCUGAGAUGGUGGAUGUUGAAGUGGAGUACGAGGAAGACGAGACAGUCACGGAGGAUGUGGAGGUGGAGACGGUCGAGGAGCUGUCCAUACCGCAGGUUCAGGCAAUGUACAAGUACGAAGGCAAGAACUACAGCGCUGCCAAGGGAGAGGUGCUUGUGCUUGUGAGCAAAGCUAACAAGGAUUGGUGGAGUGUACGUAAUGGGAAGGGCAAGGAAGGCUUCGUUCCGGCCAACUACGUCCGCGACACCGCACCACAGGUUGUCAAGAAGCCAGUUAAGAAAGUCGAGAAGGUCACGAAGACGGUGAAGGUCAAGAAGAAGCGUAUGGAGAAGCAGAAAGCACCAUCGUCAUCGUCUCGCAAGACUUCCUUCCCCGGUACCAGUACCUCAACUUCUAGUUUGGCGACUGGCUCGCGUCGCAGCGGUGGUCUCUCUACGUUUUCCAGCGCUGCCAAUGUUGUCUCGGGUGCAAGACGGAUUGGUGCUUCGCCACGGCGACCUGCCACGCUGUUGGGUAAGGGAGACUCCCGGUAUGACAGCCAUGCCAUCACCAGUCGACAGCAGGCAAUCAACGCUACAUUUGAUCGUCUUGUUCAGCAGAUUGAGGUACGUCGCAAAGCACUAGAAGAUGCACUGCGUCUGUUCUCCCUGUACCGUGAGUGUGACGAUGUGGAGAGCUGGAUGAAAGACAAGGAGAUUGUGUUUCAGAAUGAAGAAGGAUCGGAGGGUGGUGAGCACGUCGAAGCCAUGAAAAAGACGUUUGAUAACUUUGUGAUUGAGCUGGCGGCACACAGUGUUCGCGUCAUGGACAUCAACAACCUGGCCGACCAGUUUGUACGUGCUGGCCACACACAGUCCAGAGCUAUCCGACGUCGACAGCAGCAACUCAAUGACAGGUGGGAGGCAUUGCAGCGUCUGAAGGCGUCCAGAGAACAAGUGAUUGAGGUCGCUCAAAGCGUGCAACAGUUCCAGCAGACGUGUGACGAGACCAAGGCGUGGAUUGCGGAGAAGGAGCAGGCGCUGGCUACGGAUGACUGUGGCAAGGACCUGGACUCGGUCAAGAAGCUGCAGCGGAAACAUCAGGCUAUUGUGAGAGAGCUGGCACCCGUCGAGGAGAAACUGGACAAGCUGAAGGAGCAAGCUGAACAAGUGGUCAAGGCUCAUCCGCGCGACAGCACGCGUAUCCGUGCAAAGCAGGCCGAGAUCCAGACCACAUGGCAGAAAGUCAAGGCGAAGGCUGAAGGACGCUGGGACCAGCUGAAUGAUGCGUUGGAUUUGCAGCACUUCUACGCCGACUCACGAGAUUUGCUGGCUUGGGCGGACGAGACGAAAAGCACGCUGAACUCCAAUGACCUGCCUCGUGAUGUGCAGUCGGCUGAAGAAGCCAUUGACAAACACCAGGAUUUGAAAGCGGACAUUGAUGCCCACAACGAGAAAUUUGACACUCUGCUAUCCCUGGGCAAGCGUAUGCUGACAGCCAGUGUCAACGCCCCUGACGUGCGCGACUACAUGAAGCGCCUGACAGCACAGCGCGCUGCACUGCAAACCGACUGGGCAGCGCGCAACGAGCAGCUCAAGGCAACGCUAGACAUGCAGUUAUUCAAUCGUGAAGCCGAGCAGCUUGACGGUUUGACAAGUUCACAGGAAGCCUUCCUAGCUAAUGAAGACCUGGGGACAACUGUGGACAGUGCUGAGGCUCUGCUGAAGAAGCAUGAGGAGUUUGAAGGACAAGUGGCUGCUCAGGAGGAGCGCUAUCGUUCUCUCUACAAUCAGGCUGAUUGUCUGGUGCAGGCUGGCCACUACGACUCGGUCAAGAUUGCUGCUCGCCGAGAUGCCGUCUCCAGUCGCCGUGAGAAAGUCAAGGAGGCGUCCAUCGCUCGCCAUGAGCUGCUCAGCGAUGCCGUUGACUUGCAGAACUUCUUGCGAGAUGCUGAUGAGUGUACAAACUGGAUGACGGAGAAGAUGCAGACGGCUUCCGACGAAUCCUACCGGGAGACCACCAACCUGGAGGCAAAGCUAAAGAAGCACGAAGCGUUCGACGCCGAGGUGGCCACAAACAAAGCCGGAAUCGACGCCACGGUUGCGACUGGAGAAGAGUUACUGAGUGGCAAUCACUACUCACCAACGGAUAUCAGCAUCCGUGUGGAACAGCUCACGCAACAGUGGGACGGCUUGGCAGAAUCCUCCUCCAAGAAAGGACAGCGUCUGCAAGAGGCCUUGGCGGAGUCGCAGUUCAACCGUGCGCUUGACGACGCACACAUGUGGCUGCGUGAUUGUGAGGUGCUGCUGGCUAGCUCUGAUCUCGGCAAAGACCUUGGCAGUGUUCAGCAUCUCCUCAAGAAACACCAGCUUAUGGAGGCGGAUAUUGGCGUGCGUGAGAAGCAGAUGCAGCAGCUCGGUGAAAUGGCCGAUGCUCUGUUGGCUAGUAAUCACUUCAAUGCCGACAACAUCCAAGCAAAGCACGUUGAAGUGGCUGAAAGAUUCUCCAACCUUCACGAGCCCGUAGCCGAUCGUCGCUCGCAGCUGGAAGACAGCCAGCGCUAUCACCAGUUCCAUCGCAACGCAGAAGAUGAGCUGGCCUGGCUGCGCGAGCACAUGACGAUUGCGUCGAGCACGGCGUACGGUGGCAGCCUCACCGGGGUACAUAAUCUCAUCAAGAAAAUGCAGGCGUUUGAAGUGGAGAUAGGCAACCAUCAGCCACGCAUGGACAUCGUCCUUGGCGAUGGUGAGGAGCUGCUGACCACCAGCCAGGUAGCGGCGGACGAUAUCCAAUCUCAGCUGAAGCUGCUGCGUCAGGAGUGGGCACAGUUGGAGAAGCAGACUGCUCACCGCGUCGAGAUGCUGGAGCACUCGCUGGAGUCGCAGAAGUACUAUUCUGAAUCGACCGAGGCGGACACAUGGAUGAAUGAGAAAGCAGCACUGGCGGCCAAUCAGGACGUGGGAAAAGACGAAGACUCUGACGAGAAAAACUUGACGCGGCACAAGGCGUUGGAGUUGGACGUGGAAGCGUACAUCUCCGUGAUCGACCAGCUUGGGCAGGAGUCCCAACGCCUAGUCUCGUCCGGUCACUUUGAUGCACCGGCCAUUGGUGCUUGUCAGGCUCAACUUGAGGAGCAGCUGGAAGGUCUACAGACACUGGUCGCAGCACGGCGAGGCAGGCUGGAGGAGACGAAGAAGCUACAUCAGUUCAUGCGCGAGGCUAACGAAGUGGCCAGCUGGAUUGCUGAUCAGCUGGCGACCGCGUCAAGCACCGACUACGGCAAAGACUUUGAACACUUACAGGUUCUGCUGAAGAAGUUCAAUGACUUCAAACAGUCCGUCCAGAGUCAGUCAGAGAGUUUCAAGGCCUGCAACGCUCUUGCCCGGCGUCUGGUUGCCGAGGGACAUUCUGAUACGGUUGCCAUCAAGGAGCGACAGGACAGCUUGCGGGCCUCAUGGCAAAUGUUGCAGGAGGCAAUCACUGCACGCAGCAAGAGGCUGGCUGGAGCACACGAGAUCCACAAGUUCAUUGCCAACACCACUGACUUGUUGAGUCGUAUACAUGAAAAACACGCCAUUGUUCCAGAAGAUGAUCUUGGCCGUGACGUGGCCACCGUGGAGGCAUUGCAGCGCAAACACGAAGGAUUCGAGAAUGAAAUCGCCGCUCUCGGCACGCAGGUUCAGGGUAUGAUCCAGGAAGCUGGUCGGUUGGAAGCAUCGUUCCCCGGCUCCAGUGCACAGCAGAUCAGAUCGCUACAAACCGAUGUCAGCACUUCAUGGGAGGCACUGCAAGCACUGUGUGCCGCACGUCGAUUAAAACUACGCGAUUCCCUGGAACUGCAGAGGCUGUUGGGUUCUGUACGUGACAUGCUGUCUUGGAUCACUGACAUGUCCUCCAUCAUCUCCAGCGACAGUCCAGCGGGUAACGUACAGGGCGCCGAGGAAGAGCUCUCUAAGCAUAGCCAGGUGCGCGCCGAGAUCGAUGCCCGCGAGGAGACAAUGAGCUCGCUAGUGCGUGCUGGCGAUCGUCUCAUUGCGCAACAGCACUACGCCGCUGACGAGAUUCGUGAUCGUCUGUCUGACUUGGCAUUAGCACGUGAUGCUCUGCUGGUUGACUGGCAAGAGAAACAACGAGCACUACAGACACAGCUUGACGUGCAGACUUUCAACCGAGAUGUGCAGCAAGCUGAUGCCAUGAACAGUGGUAUUGAGUUGUUCCUGACGAAUGAUGAACUUGGCAACACGGUGGACGAAGUGGAGACAUUGAUCAAGAAGCACGAGGCCUACGAGAUGCUGGUGGCCGGCCAGGAAGAGAAGGUGGCCGCGGUGGAGCAGUUUGCAGCGCGCCUUGCCACCUACGACGGAGUCGACCAGGACUCCAUCCAGGCGCCGCUGGAAGAGGUCCUGGAGAGGCGUGACCGUUGCAAGGCAGCACUAGCCUCUCGUCGUGAACGUCUGGAGGAGGCGCAUCGUCUUGCCCAGUUCCAACGUGACCUGGCAGAGUGGAAGGCCUGGAUUGGCGAGAAGAUGCAGACUGCGACUGAUGAGAGUUACCUGGAGUUGACCAACCUCCCUGCCAAGCUGAAGAAACACGAAGCGUUCGAAGCUGAGCUCUCGGCCAACGAAACAUUGCUCGACAGUGUUGGCAAGGCGGGUGAAGCUCUGAUCUCUGCUGGUCAUUACGCUACCGCUGAGGUGGAGACAUCACUUGAUGGGCUGUUUGCUGAGUGGGAGAAGCUGAAAACAGCCACCGCACAGCGUGGCAGACUUCUUGCUGAGGCACAGGAUCUAGUCCAGUUCAAGCGUCAGGCGGACAUCAUCAUGCUCUGGAUGAAGGAGAAGGAGCUUGUGGUGACAUCUGACGAGACGGGAGAUGACCUGGAGCAUUGUGCUGAUCUACAGAAAAGAUUUGAUGACUUUGAGAAGGAACUGGUCGCCGACCGAGCCCGUGUGGACGAUGUCAGCGCCCUUGCCGAUACUCUCCUCGACCAGAACCACUCUAGCUCCGCUGAUAUUGAAGAGCUACGCCAGAAGGUCCUGGAAGGUUGGGAUGAGCUACUGACUCUGACUCGCACACACAAAGAUCUCUUGGCAGAUGCCAACAAGAUCCACCAGUACAACAGAUCCGUCGAUGACUGCAAUGAACGGAUACAGGAGAAGGUGUUGGGCUUAUCCAGUGACGACUACGGCAAAGACCUGGCUGCGGUGGAGGUGAUGCAGCGACACCACGAUGAUCUGGAGCGUGAUCUCACCGUCUUGGCUGCCCUGUUGGAGUCUAUUGACAAUGAAGCCAAGGCUCUGUCCUCUGACCAAGUACAGCUGGCUAGUGUAGUGGACAGCAAGCUGCUAACACUGGUGGAAAACUGGGAGAAGCUGAAUGAAGCAGCCGAUACCAGGAAAUCUAAGCUUGGCGAGUCACAUCAGUUCCAUACGUUCCUCAACAACAUCCGCGACCUGAUGGCUUGGAUCGAGGAGCUAUGCAAUCGCAUCAACAACAGUGAGUUAGCCAAGGACAUCACCGAAGCCGAGGAAAUGCUUGAACAGCACCAGCAAACCAAGGUGGAGAUAGAUGCCAGAGAUGAGCGUGUGCAAGCUGUGAAGGAAUUUGGCGAGACGUUGAUCACGAACGAUCACAUGCUGAGCAGUGAGGUUCGCUCGCAUCUAGACCAGCUGGAGGAUGGACAUGCCAAGCUGCUGGAGGCAUGGCAGGACAAGGCUGAACAGUUCACACAGUGCUAUGAUCUACAGGUGUUCCUCCGCGAUGUGGAGCACGUGGAUGCUUGGAUUGGCAAUCAAGAAGCAUUCUUGUCACAAGGAGACCUUGGUGACUCCAUGGAUCGUGCCGAAGCUCUGCUGAAGAAGCAUGAUGAUUUCGAGAAAACCCUGGAUGCACAGCGAGAGAAGGUGGACUCGGUCAACACACUCGCGGAGGCGCUGGUCGGGGAUAACCAUUAUGAUGCCAAGAACGUCUCCUUGCGCCAAUCUGCUGUGGUGGAGAGAUUUACCAAGCUACAAGAUCUAGCUCAGCUACGUCGUGACAAGCUGAACAGCUCCUACCAACUGCAGCAGUUCUUGCGGGACACGCACGAGAUGGAGAUGUGGAUUGUUGGUAAGCUGCAGACUGCCUCCGACGAAUCAUACCGCGACCCCACCAAUCUUCUAGCCAAGCUGCAGAAACACCAGGCGUUUGAGGCUGAGCUCACCGCUAAUCGGGCGCGUGUAGAUAUGAUAGCCAAGACCUGUACAACAUUGGUGGACGAAGGCCACUACGCCUCGGAUGAGAUGGAGACGGCAGUGGACUAUCUGCAGCAGCAGUGGGAUCUCCUUAGUGAGAAAUCUUCAGACAAGGCCUCCAAGCUACAAGAGGCCUGGCAGCAGCGUCUGUUCAACCGCAACUGCGAGGAUAUUGAGCGAUGGCUGGAUGAGACCGAGCAAGCGCUGGCAUCGGAGGACAUUGGCAAAGACCUGCCCAGCGUCAAUGAACUGCUCAAGAACUACCAGUUGCUGGAAUCUGACGUGGCAGCUCAUCAGGACCGUGUGGAUGACAUCAGUGCACAAGCACGCACAUUCCACGACAACGGUCACUUCCAGAUUGAGCAGAUCGAGGACAAGUCCAGAGCACUGGUGGAAAAAUACUGCAAUCUGGAGAUACCGCUGGCUCGGCGUCGCAAGCAACUCGACGACUCCCUCUGCCUCUACUUGUUCUAUCGCGAUCUGGCUGACGAAGCGGCCUGGGUUCGAGAGCGAGAGCCGAUCGCGUCGUCGUCCGACCUGGGUCAGAACCUGCUGGGUGUGCAGAAGCUGAGUAAAACACAUGCGACUCUGGAGGCAGAGCUUGUCAGUCACGAGCCGCUGCUUCUCAAUGUCGGCAAUCGAGCUAACGAGCUGAUUCGUGACGAGCACUUUGCAGCAACGACCGUCGAGGAGCGCUGGAAAACUCUGCAGGAGAGCUGGUCACACCUGAAGGAGAUGGCUGUGGACCGACGUGCCAAGCUGAACGACUCCCUGGAGGCGCAUGAGUACUACACAGCUGCCCAUGAGACUGAGGUGUGGAUGUCUGAGAAACGACCACUCGUAGCUAGCGAGGAUUAUGGUCGAGAUGAGGACAGUGCAGAGUCCUUGCUGAAGAAGAACGCCACUACACAACAGGAUGUUUCCGUGUAUGGGCCAAACAUUGAUCGUUUGCAGGAGGAAUGCAAUCGGCUCAUUACAGCCGACCACUUUGACAGCACCAACCUGCAGGAGAAGCAAGGUCUAGUCAAGUCUCAAUUCAACGAGUUACAAGAGCUAGCCAGCCAGCGUAUGCACCGGUUAGAGGAGUCGCGUGAGCUACACAUCUACAACCGUGAGGUGGAUGAAGUAGAGGCAUGGAUUGAUGAGAAAGAAGUCAUCGCCACCUUGGAGGACUACGGCAAAGAUCUCGAGCAUGUUGUGCUCUUGCAGCAGAAGCACGAGGACUUCAGCACUGAGCUGUCGGCCGGUGAGAAACGUGUCAUAGCUGUGGAGCAGUUAGCCACAUCACUGUGUGAUGGAGGUCACUCCGACUCCGGGGCUAUUCUGCAGCGUCUUGAUGCACUCAAACAGCACUGGAAGGACACGAAUGAAUACACCCAACUGCGACGUGAGUCUCUGGCUGGGGCAAAGCAGAUACAUACGUUCGACCAUGAUGCAGAUGAGACACGUACAUGGAUACAGGAGAAGGAAGCCGCCGUGUCAUCUGAAGACUAUGGCCGUGACCUGGCCAGUGUGCAGGCUUUGAAGCGAAAACACGAAGGAUUUGAGAGAGACAUUGCAGCUCUGGAAGAGCGGGUGCACAUUCUCGACAAGGAAUGCCAGCGUCUUGUGUCCACAUUCCCGGACUCGUCUGAUCGCCUGGCCAGUAAACAAAGUGAGCUGGCUGCGCUGUGGCAACAGCUGAAAGAGCUGACUGCCAGCAGGAAGACACGACUGGAGGAGUCGGAGCAGCUACACCGCUACCUCAACACAUUCAGAGAUCUCAACUCCUGGAUUGAUGAGAUGCUCAACUUGAUCAAAUCAGACAACUUGGCCAGAGAUGUGACUAGUGCCGAAGCACUGCUGACGCGUCAUCGAGAGCACCGUGCUGAGAUCGACGCUAGGGAGACCGGCUUCUCCACAUUUGUCAGCGAUGGAGCCGAGAUGAUUGGACGCAAGCAUUUUGCAUCGGACGAGAUACGUGAAAAGAUUGACACCCUGGCUGCAGCUAAGAGCGUGUUGUUAUCGCUAUGGGAAGACAGGCAACAGCAGUAUGAGCAUUGUCUGGACACACAACAGUUCAUCAAGGAGGCACAGCAGGCCGGGGCUUGGAUUGCGCUGCGCGAGGCAUUCCUGGCCAAUGAAGAGCUUGGCGCAUCGCUGGAAGAAGUGGAAGAGCUGCUGAAGAAACAGGAUGAUUUUGAGAAGACGCUGGCUGCUCAGGUGGAGAAGUUCUCCGGUCUGAAUCGCGAAACUGCGAUUGAAAACGAGGAGCGCCAACAGCUAGAGGCCGAGCAGCGCAAACGCGAGGUGCAACGCAAGGAAGCAGAGGAGCGUAAGCGCCAGGCCGAGGAGGAGAAGAAACGGCGAACGGCUGCGCUGCGUGCCAAGCAAGACGAAGAGCGACGUCAGAAAGAGGAGGAGCAGAGGAAGGCGGAAGAAGAGAAAGCUCGCCAGCUCAAGGUGGAGGAGCGCAAGCGGCAAGAAGCCGAACGCAAGCUGCAGGCCGAGCUGGAACUGAAGCGCCAGCAAAUAAAGGCAGAGCAAGAGAGAAAGGAGAAAGCUGCUGCCGCCGCCACUGCUGCUCUCCUGGUGGAGAAGAAGCGGAAAGAGAACGACGACGUGUUGCCGGCAUCUACUGUGACGGGAAUUCCAGGCGAGAAGAAAACCCCAGGUCGUGUAGCAGUACUACCUGCUGGUACUUCUCCGGAUGCUGCUCUAUCCACAACUGCCAGCAAACAGGCGAUCUCGCCAGUUUCCCCACUGUCAUCGUCACUAUCUGACAAGCGUCUGUCGUCGGACAGCACUGACUCCAAACCCGGCCAUCGCAGCUCCUCUGGCUUGGACAGCAGUACUGAGAGAUCUGCCAGUCCUAUCGCACACCAACCAGCCAGUAGCACAGCUAACACUCACCCCCCAACUGUAGCCGUCACACCAGCAAACAAGGACCAUGCUAACAAGGUAACGAUACUAAGCUGGGAAUGCGAAGGAGUGCUGCAGAGAAAGAACGAGCUGGAUGAGGGUGGACGGAAGUCUGCUGCUCGUUCUUGGAAAGCUUACUACACCGUGCUGAGUGGCCAACUACUCCACUUCUUCAAAGACAAGAGAGAAUUUCAACAGCGUAACCCCUCAGCCCCAGCAAUCAACAUCACAGGCGGCCACUGCGAAGCGGCCACGGAUUACACAAAGCGGAAAAACGUGCUGCGGCUAAAACUUCACAACGGAGCAGAAUACCUAUUUCUGGCCAACGACGGUGCAGAACGGCAACAGUGGGUCAGCAAGUUGCAGAUGAUGGCUGCACAAGGGAAGACAGACAGCGAUGGCGAUGAUGACGAUCUACCCGGGGUUUCCCCUGGUCGUUUCAGCGCUGCUCUGGCAUCUCCAAGUUCACCCACAACUCCUGUGACACCGCUGUCGGCUUCUCUACCGGCGUCUGCAUACCUUUCACACCAACAUCAGCAACAACAACAGCAACAACAGCAUAGAUCUGCGUCACCACAACACAGGUCAAUCUCACCAUUAGCAGAGAGUCUGCCGUCCACAUCACCCCUAAGUGCUGGUGGUCCUGGUGGUGGUCCUGGUGGCGGUGGAAGUGCUGGUGGAGCUAGUGAUACUCAGAGACACUCACACGACUCCCCGUCAUCAUUACGGCCCAGCAUGGAUACUGGAUCAAGUCCAAUGUCGCACGUGCCGCCACCCUCAGCGGCUCCAGCCGCAGGCAGCACUGCACCGGGGGUGAGCCGAGGGGGUACUUCACCAUUGCAGCACACACCCUCACAGUCACACGCACAGCCACCACCAUCCUCUGCUUCCAGUGCAACAGCAGGUAGUAGUGCUGCGAGCGGCUCACAGUGGCCCAGCACAACACAAGUAGCAUCAUCGGCACCGCCGGCCACAGCAGCAGCGGCAGAAGCAGGUACUCCAGCGGACGGUGGUAAACCCGGAGUCGUUGAUGUUGCUGCUCUGGCACUGGACAGUCGGAAGAAGAAAGGCCGGCUUGGCUCCAUAUUUGGACGCAAGGAUAAGAAGUAAUUCCAAUGUCGGACAGGCCCGGUACUGGAACAAGACCAACAUUUGUCUAGUAACUGCUUUCCCUUCUUUUCUACAGCUUCUGGUAGUAUAUUUUAAUAGAUUUUUUUAAUCACCAACUAUAUUUUCCCUCAACCAGUGAAAAAAUAUUUUUAUUCGCCUUCUGCUUGCAUCUUCCCAGUGCAAUGUUGUGUCCACUUCUUUAUGGAAUCAUGUUGUUUUUCUUCCCCCGUUACUUGUAUUGCGCCGCAGUGUACUCACGGCUGGCCCUGUGCUGGCCCUUAGUGCUGCUGGCGUUUCGUAGCUUGCUCUUUUUUUGCAUUUCCCCAGGCUCGAGUGGGUAUUCUCAUUUUCAUUCUAUGCUACUUUUUUCAUGUUAGCGAAUACCUGUUAUGUUCAACAGCUCUGUUGAUUGCAGUUUCCAAGCAGUGACUGGAAAGCUGGUCUGCGGAG